GGGCUGAAAGGAGCUUUUAAGGGUUCGCGGAUUAGGGGACGAGAAUAAUUCACGCGCACCCACGUCGGACUUGGCCGCAGGGUGCACAGAGUUGAUUUGACCCUGUCAACGCAAACGCCUGGGCAAACACCCACCACCUAACCAGCCAGCCAGCCAGCGUGGUCGUCUUGAUUGCCACGGUGAAUCGUAACUUGAUUUUCCGCUGCUGAAAAGUGACAAUUGGCAGGUGUACACAGGACAAACGUCGUCGUCUCGCAGUGUUGUGAAAUAGGCAACUUUUAUUUGUUUUCGUGUCUUCAGAGACCCCUGGUCCACGGCUCGGACAUGCGGCAGCAGCGCCGUGCUACGGCCGCGUGGCUUUGCCUGGCCGCUCUGUGCGCGCUCGCGCCCGCGAUGUCUGCCCAGGCGACCACCGGCAACUCGUCGGUUUACCCGUCCAUCAGCAGCAGCCCGCUCACCGUGGACGCCAGCUAUCAUCCCGGCAGCAUCGAGCCGUUCUUCAACAUGACCAACUACUUUCUGAACGUCGUGCAACCUCGCGCUUGGCCCGCAGACCUCAUUGGAACUGACUUUUCGAAGAUUUCGCAAAAUUUGCAGGCUUUAGUGAAAGAGGUGGCGUUGUACGAGGUGGGCUUCAUCGUUUGCACGCUCAUCGGCAUCAUCUUCAUCGUGUUCAUGCCGAUCGUCGGCUUCUUCUUCUGCGUCUGCCGCUGCUGCUGCCUCAACUGCGGCGGGGAGAUGCGCCAGCGGGAGAAGGACAUCACGUCCUGCCGUCGGCACACGUUCGGCACCUUCCUGGCCAUCGUCACCAUCAUCAUGCUCGCCGGGAUCGCGUGCGCCUUCACAACAAACGAGCAGACGACGACGUCCAUGAAGAAGUUGCCGAAGCUCGUGGCGGACAACCUGAAGGACCUGUCCACCUUCAUCAGCGACAUCCCCAAGCAAGGAAACGACAUCUUGAACCAGUACGGCACCUUUUCGGGUCUAGUUAUGGGCCAGCUAUCCUCCAUCGAUUCAACGGUCGGUGGAUCUUUGCAGACAAGCAUCGGCGAUCAGGCAAGACCUCUGCAGUCAAGGGCUUUGGCUCUGUACGGAAAGAUGCAGAACAUUUCGGCCACGUUACAAACCGUCGACAGCUCUCAGCGGAAUCUGCUGAGCGGCGUCGCCAAGCUCUCCGCGGACCUUGAAGUAGAGCGGCAGAAUCUGAGCACGAUCCUCGGCGCGUGUGGGCCCAACUGCGCCGCGACCUCUGCCAAGUUGACCGACCUCUCCAUCGCCGGAAACUUCAGCAACAUGGCGAAUCUCUCUGAACAAAUCGCAUCGGUGGACUCUGCUCUCAAGACCAACAUCAGCGCGUUGGUGCUGGAGGGGAACAAAACCAUCGCUGACAUCCCGUCGCGAGUGAAGAACGAGACGGGGGUUGCAGUGGCAGACGCUCAGAAGCAGUUGGAUAACAUCAACGUCACCGUAUCCAACAUCCGGAGAGAUAUCUUCGACAAGUUUUUACAGUCCGAAUUCAGCGUUCAAAUCAAUUCCAUAAACACCAGCAUCACUCCUGUGCUCAACCAGUUUCCAGAUUAUGAGCACUACCGGUGGAUCGCCGGCGUGGUACUCUGCUGCAUGAUACUCGCCAUCUGCCUCAUGAACAUCCUGGGCCUGCUGUUCGGCACGUGUGGCUACGACACACAUGCGGGUCCCGUCGACCGCGGCUGUGCCUCGAACUGCGGGGGAUCCUUCCUGAUGGCCUCCGUUGGCCUGAGCUUCAUCUUCUCGUGGAUCCUCAUGAUCUUGGUGACCAUUCUCUUCUUUUCCUUCGGGAACGUCCACAAGCUGCUGUGCGAGCCUCUUGCCAGCAAGGACUUCCUGAAGUUCGCGGACUCGAUGGCAUUUCCAGGAAUCCCUACGGGAAACAACUCUAUCAUUCUACGGCUGCUCAACAUGAACGGCAGCGUGAGCACGCUGGACAUAUACAACGGCUGCGCUAAGAACGGUGGCACUUACAGCGUGCUUAAUUUGGAGACGCAGUACAACCUCGACAACUACCUGAACAUCACGAAGUACGAGGGGGAUCUUAAUCAAGCACUGGAAAAGAUGAACGUGUCAUUCGGUGACAUCAAGCUUUUGAAAGCUGCAGGGCAGGAGAGCUUAAAAAACUUCUCUGACAAUGGCUUGAACAACAUCAACUUUUCCACAUUUUUCACAGAGAUCGACAAGGGCGUUGUGAAACUGAACUUGUCUCAAUUCGCGAUGGAGUUGAGAAACAUCUCCAGCAACUCUGCAUUUAACGACUCGGCAAAUAAUCUGGAACGGAUGGACAGAGAACAAGUGGUGCCCUUGCAAGGAAAACUGAAUGAAUUGAAAAGAAACAUCGAGUAUCUAAGGGACGAGGCUAAUAAAACAAAGGUUGAAGUUGGCGACAUCAUUCGUGACUUUGGAAAUUUUGAAAAUAGUCUCAAUAAAAACGGGUCCCUGCUGAUUAAUGCGACGAUUGAAAACCUCCUCGGCACCGUCAGACGUCUACUAACAGAUUACAUUGACUGGUCGAGGGACAUGGUCAAGAACAAGCUGGCGCCAUGCAAGCCUCUGGCGAACUUGAUCGACUCCAUCGAGUUAAUCGGAUGCAAGUACCUCGUGAACUCGAUGAAUUCGUUCUGGUUUGGCCUGGGCUGGGCCACCAUUUUCCUCAUCCCCAGCGUGAUAUUUGCCGUGAAGCUCGCCAAGUUUUAUCGCCGUAUGGACACAGAAGACAGCUAUUCAGAACCCGUUAAUUCUUCAGCUCACAAAUUACCACGUGCAAAAAAUGGCGACAAGGGUAAUAAAAUGGCUUAAAACUCUUCCUACCACAAGCUGAUAACGCGCAUGGACGAACCGAAGAUCUAAUGGGGAGACAAGAUUCAGCACACGUUUUGAAUAGAUUCAAAUUUUACUUGACUUAUUACGAAAGAUCGUAUGCCGAUACCAAUCAUUAAAUAAUGUUGAAUGUAAUAAAAUUGUAUGACAUCACGUGUGGAUUUCCAUGAAUGGAGCUUGUGCAGUCUUUUCAGCUUGUACAAUGUUCGUAAAGUGAUGGCACAUUUUGUUGUUCACGAGUAGAAUACCAUUAUUAUUAUUUUGAAUGCCAACGAAUAGUAUAAUACAGGAACAAUUACAGUACAACGUCGCAUAUCUGACUUGCUGGAGACUGAGCUGUAGGCAGUGAAUGUGAAAAGCUCAUAUUUGUGAACUCGUGAAAAUAACCCUUACACCAUAAUUCCUGCAUUGGGUGUAAAUUGGUCAAGGCCGAUAUGUGACGUUUUACUCUACAGCAAUUGAGUAAACUAUUCAAACAGCCCUGUUUGAAUAGCAUGACAAAUGUUCGUGCUUUGUUAUUCCUGCUUCAGGUUAAUGUUUUCCUGUCGUUGCGUCCGUCCUGUUGGAUUUUUUUCUGCGUUCGUGAUACGUUCGUUCUUAGCGGCUGGGUUUCGCCUUCGUAAUAGAGAGACAAUAAAUGCCCCAUUAUUUUUUUACAAUGUUUGCAACAGGCAUAAACGCCCAGCUUUGUAACACGUAGGCUUUCGCGACAAAUAUUAUCCACAAUACAGGUUUUUGGAGUGAGAUCGCGUAAAUAUAAAUGUGCCGUUAAACCCGCCACCACCCGACAAAGCCAUUUAGUAAGGUUUGUCACGUAAACAGAACAUGCAAAUGUAUCACUUGCCUUUGUCAGCAGCAACAUGUGAUAUCUCACUCGUAGUAAUAACAUCGUGGCAUGUCGGGAAAGCAGCACAGCGUGGCCUGCCAUCAUCUCAAGUCACGGGAACUGUGUUUGCGCUGCAGGGAGCGGUCUCUUGUGCAUCGUGAAAUGUGCGCGCGUUAGAGAUGAUGUGGGCUUAUGUUGUGGACAACAGCGGGCAGUGUAGCAGAAUCCAUUGUACUGUGCUCUUUCUGUUCCCACAUCUACAGUAUACCCCCCCCCCAACCUUAACAAACCUUCAAUGACCAGAGAUGUGAAGUAUGGUCGAUAACCCCCCACAACUGGCACCGUGUUAGGGAAAGCUCUCGCCCAAGCAGUGGAUCGACACAAUAACUGUUCGCGUGUACACACACGCACAGACACACACACACGCGCACACACACACACGCGCACACACGCGCACACACGCACAGACACACACACACGCGCACACACACACACGCGCACACACACGCGCACACACACACACGUACAGACACACACAUACACGCACACACACACACGCGCACACACACACACACGCACACACACACACACGCGCACACACGCACAGACACACACACACGCGCACACACGCGCACACACGCACAGACACACACACACGCGCACACACACACACACGCGCACACACACGCGCACACACACACACGUACAGACACACACAUACACGCACACACACACACGCGCACACACACACACACGCGCGCACACACGCACAGACACACACACGCGCACACACACACACACGCACAGACACGCACACACACACGCACACGCGCACACACACACACACGCACACACACACGCACACACACGCACACACACACACGUACACACACACACGUGCACACACACACGCACGCACACACACGCACAGACUUCUAGUGGGCCAGAUGCAGAGCCAUUGUUCAUAUUCAGCUCGCUUUUGUCAAUCGACUGCUAGACGAGAGCUGUCCCAUGCCUUGUAGGUUAAAUCACUUCGUACUACUGGACGUGGGCUACAAUGGGGAAAGGAUUUGGGGGGGGGGGGUGUCUAUGAACUGAGAUACCGAAUAUUCUCCCUUUAAUCAAUAUUUGCAGAGCACACUUAAAUGCAGUACAUGAUUAAUGUCAGCAAUAAUGAAGUUACCAUUUGGUUUUGCGUGCAAUCGUGCUUUUCGUGUAUUCGGAGCAACGAAUUGCACAGUUCGAUACCUGUCAUGUUGCAAAGCCUUCGGCUAAAAGGGGAAUUGGGCCGCCUAGCGGUAUCGAGCUCGCCACUCGUUCUCAGUCGUCCCAAGGUUCAAACUUUGACGGCCGCCCCGAUUAACACUGCGGGGUGUAUUGACCAAACAAAUGCCGUCUGCUUCACAGUGGACGUUGUAGAGAGCCCCUGGUGUCGUUCGCAAGUGCAGGCCAUCGUUGUGCCCACUGCACGGUCCACAUUUGCCAAAAGUUACCUGAAAAUUCACCAGGUGUGGGAUGACACAUUGCAGGUACAUUACCCCCACCCCGAUUGGCAGUUGGAACGGGUUCUGGCUGAUUGUCUGCGGUUUCUCGCGCCUCUUGUUCGACAAAAACUGCACGCGUUACAAAUUGAACAACAUUGUGAGGUGGAGUUUGCAUGACACCCACCACGAUCAUAAAGGACGCAAUACCAUUGUGAGAGAGAGGACCCAGAACCAUUUCUACAUUUGCUUGGUAGCCCAUCUCAUUAUUAUUUUUUCCUUUUGAUGGCAAUUUAACCGCAAUUAAUGUGUUUUACUGUCAGCACACCGAAUGUGACAUGGGUGCUCGUGAAAACGAGUCAAGCUUAUGACUUGCUUCUAAUAUCUUAUUUUGAAUGUAGGAAGCCCAAUGUGAAUGAACUUUGUGAAUAAACACACACUCCAUUGGCCCUGGUUAGGUGUGCUGCUGCUGCUGCUGCUGGCCGGCCUGAAAUGCACCGCGAAAGUUCCUCUUUUUAAUGGCAGGAAGUGGCACUGUACAAAACGCAAUGCGACGUUUAGCGGGACACUAAAUGUAACGCAAUGCGCACCAUUGAUUAUAUAAUUAUACAAGCAGAGUUUGGCGAAAUUAUUUCCUUAACCGAUUGCCAAACAGCACUUACAAAAUUUUUUUUUUGGCAGAACUCAAAACUACGUGCACCUUAGCUAAUUUCUACAUCUCCCCAGAGGUCCUUACAAAUACUGACACAAGAGAGACAUAAGAGAACUAAGCAAGCGAAAAGUAAAACGAUGCCACGGUCAAAACAUAUUUCCUCUCCAAUACCCGAUUAGCGCGGCCAUGUAGGGCACUCAAGUGGCCAUGGGCUGUAUGAAAUGAAGUCGCGGUCCGUAGGUUGCGUACCUCUCGUAUGUUUAUUACAAAGUCAAAGAUCCCCCUUAUAACCUCAGCAGAGUUUUGGGGCAAGUGCUGUGAUGCGGGCCCAUUACACAGCAACAUCCCCAGUCACGUGCUCGAUGCAGGUCAGAGCUUGGACACACAGAAGAUGCUCGUGAUUUGCAGAGGUUAAGCAAUGUUUCUUGUACAAAUGUUUGUAUUUUUAUUAUCAUUUUUAACACACACACACAACGGUUACGCAAUUUAUGUUGAGUUACACAACUGAACUACAGAAGAAGAAUUGUAAUGUUUUAUACCGGGUAAUCUCGAAAAUAUGGUGAUAUGGGAUUAGUCUGAAGGAACAUUUUUUUCUGAAUGAUUGUUUGAAACUAACAAAAGGUGAUUGUACUGUGAUAGAAUGCGGUCAAUAAAACUUGAUUUCUUGAAUGUCAGCGUAAAGGUGAGCAAA